AUGGCUGACGCACCCCGGACUGUACUGAUCUCAGGCUGCUCCUCGGGAAUUGGCCUGGAGCUCGCAGUGCAGCUGGCUCAUGACCACAGGCAGCGCUACCAAGUGGUGGCCACCAUGAGGGACCUGGGAAAGAAGGGGACACUGGAGGCAGCUGCUGGGGAAGCUCUGGGGCAGACCCUCACCGUGGCCCAGCUGGACGUGUGCAGUGACGAGUCAGUGGCCCAGUGUCUCAGCUGCAUCCAGGGAGGGGAAGUGGAUGUGCUGGUGAAUAAUGCUGGAGUGGGCCUGGUGGGGCCCCUGGAGGGGCUCAGCCUAGCUGCCAUGCAGAACGUCUUUGAUACCAACUUUUUCGGGGCUGUCCGUCUGGUCAGAGCUGUCCUUCCUGGCAUGAAGAGAAGGAGAAAGGGCCACAUUGUGGUGGUCAGCAGUGUCAUGGGGCUGCAGGGUGUCGUGUUCAAUGAAGCCUAUGCAGCCUCCAAGUUCGCCCUGGAGGGGUUCUUCGAAAGCCUGGCGGUCCAGCUGCUGCAGUUCAACAUCUUCAUCACCCUGGUGGAACCUGGCCCGGUGGUCACUGACUUUGAGGGGAAGCUCCUGGAGCAGGUUUCCACAGCCGAGUUCCCGGACACUGACCCUGACACUCUGCACUACUUUCGGGAUUUCUACCUCCCUGCCUCCAGGGAGCUCUUCCGCUCCGUAGGACAGAGCCCACAGGAUGUGGCCCAGGUCAUUGUCAAGGUCAUCAGCUUGGCCAGACCACCCCUGCGCAGACAGACCAACGCCCGAUAUGCUCCGCUGGCUGCGCUCAAGGCGGUGGACCCCUCAGGCAGCCUGUACGUGCACACCACCCACUGCCUGCUCUUCCGCUGGACACGCCUUCUCAACCUUGGCCUUCGAUGUCUGGCCUGCGGCUGCCUCCGCUUCCGAAUAUGGCCCCGGUGAGCAGAGCCUCACCCAGCCCUCCCCACCAGCCAGACCUCUUCAGUUUACACCCAUCUCAGGGGCCAGGACAGACCCAUCCAUCCUUCCUUCCUUCCUUCUUUCCUUCCUUCUUUCCUUCAGCAAACUCUGCCUCACCCACUCUGUGCCUGGGCAUUGCCGGGACCCCAGAAAUUCCUCAGCAUUCAUGCACACACCCCUCCAUGGUGAGGGCUGGGGCAGAGAGAGGGACCCUUGGACCCUGGGCUGAGGAGCCCAGACAGAGCAAGGACCUGGAGCUGUGUCUGGGAAGGCAAGGGAGGCUUCCUGGAGGAGGGGACAUUGUUGCUGGACCUUGAAAAAUGAGAUAGACUGCCUCACUCAACCUCUGUACUUUAUUAUCUUGGGCCUGGGAAUACAAGGAUGAUCUAAAACCCCCUCCACAUAGAAAUGAGUUGACGAAGGGGUC